AUGGGGUCAUCCUCACCCCCCUCCCACCCUUUUACUCGCAGGACGUCCUCGCUGCGCUGGAACGCCGGCACCAAGGAGCGGAUGCUGAUCAAGGUGACGGACCGUGAGCCCAGCUUCCUGCUGCACCAGGGCAACGGCUUCGGCCCCGACGCCGCCCCGUCCGCUCGCUCCCGCCGCCCCUCGGGGGGUCAGCAGUCCCCCAACCUGCAGAGCUUCGCCCCCGACGCCGACAACUCCGUCUUCUUUCCGGAGAGGAAACCUUCGCCCUACCUGAAGAGGGCUGAGCUGGCUGGGAGCUGCUCGCCUCUGCUGGGUCGGGGCGAUUCUUUCUGCUCCCCGCUGCAGAGCCAACACCACCGCAAAGCAUCGAGCGAAUCGCAGCCCUCAUCGCCGCGCUACGCCUACGAGCCGCCGCUCUACGAGGAGCCCCCCAUGGAGUACCAAGCGCCCAUCUACGACGAGCCCCCCGUGGACAUGCAGUACGAAGCCGGCGGGGGCUACAAAGCCGCUUCCCCCCAGAAAUCGCCCAUCCGGAAGCCUCACCCCUUCCUCCAGUCACCCAAGCAAGGCUCCAACUCGCCCUACCAGCAGCUGGUGCUCACCAAGCAGAAGUGCCCCGAUCGCUUCAUGAGCCUGGAAUACAGCCCGGCGGGCAAGGAGUACGUCCGCCAGCUGGUCUACGUUGAGCAGUCGGGCUCCAGCCCCAAGAUGAAAUCGGGGCCACGCCACAAAUACUCCCCCAACCCCAUCGGGGGCUCCUACUCGCUGCAGCACAGCCCGUGCCUCCUCCGCGAGCAGCGCGCCGACCUCAAGUCGGGCGACUACAGCAGCAUGGAGGCGGCCGACUUCUGCCCCGACGACUCCAUGUCGUGGUCCAGCCAGCAGGACACCAUGUCCUCCACCGGCUACUCGCCCUCCAACAGGAAGAGGAAGAGCCGAAAGCCUUCGCUGCCCCACCACGAACCCAGCACUCCGUCGGCGGAAGGGGAGCGGGACGGGGCGGAGGAGGAGCGGUGCGGAUCCGCGCGCGCCCAACUCAACCGCGCUGAGAGCAAAGCGGUGGAAGCAGAGGGGGAAGCGGCGAGGGGCUUUGCUGAGCCCUUCCUGGCGCAAGCACGCCUGGCCUGGGAGGCUCAGCAAGCCCACUAUCACAUGAAGCAGCGCAGCAGUUGGGAUUCCCAAAAGGACGGAUCGGGCUACGAGAGCGACGGGGCUCUGCCGCUGCCCAUGCCGGGCCCCGUGGUGCGCGCCUUCAGCGAGGACGAGGCGCUGGCGCAGCAGGACAGCAAGCACUGGAAGAGGAACACCUUUGAGAAGUUGGGUUUCCCUCAGAUCCUGCUGGAGAAGAGCGUCUCCGUGCAGACCAACCUGGCGUCCCCCGAGCCCUACCUGCAUCCGUCGCAGUCUGAGGACCUCGGUGCCUGCGCCCAGUUUGAGAACAGCCGGCAGACCAGGAACAUGAUGCCCAGCGCCAGUUGCGUCUUCCCCACCUUCAACCUCCGCAAACCUUCCUCGGAGACGGACAUUGAGAACUGGGCCUCCAAGCACUUCAACAAGCACACGCAGGGGCUCUUCCGCCGGAAGGUGUCCAUAGCCAACAUGUUGGCGUGGAGCAGCGAGUCCAUCAAGAAGCCCAUGAUCAUGACCAACGACCGCAACGUCAAGAAGGAGGCGUGUGAGAUCUUCAAGCUCAUCCAGAUGUACAUGGGCGACCGGCGAGCCAAGACGGACCAACUCAACGUGGCCUUGGAGAUCGCCACCAAAGGGUGGAGCAUGCAGGGCCUGAGGGAUGAGCUCUACAUCCAGCUGUGCAGGCAGACCACCGAGAACUUCCGAUACGAGAGCCUGGCGCGCGGCUGGGAGCUCAUGGCCAUUUGUUUGGCCUUUUUCCCACCCACUCCCAAAUUCCAUUCCUAUCUCGAAGGAUAUAUUUACAGGCACAUGGAUCCGGUGAAUGACACCAAAG